AUGACGUCUGAAAUAAUUAUCACCCAUGUAAAACCUGGGUUACUUGGACAGAUUGAGAGCUGGCAUUUAUGUAGCACCUUUCAUGGCUACAAACCAUUCCAACCUCUGAAACGGUCUUUUGAGAUCGAUGAUGUGGAUGAUGGAUCAUCAUUAUCACCGACUUCUCCGCUGAACUCGCCUUUCACUCCUGCUCCAGGGUCUGUGUUGUCAUCCAAAGCCACUGAAAGCUUUGUCACCAGUACACCCUCUCCACCUUCUUAUCACCUGAGGAUCGGGAGCAGUUCAGGUUCAAUACCGGCUGCUGGUUCAUCUCAGUACAGGAAAGUUACUUCAAGCCAAUCCUUUAAUCAAGGGUCCAAACCACUUCCCAGAUCUAAUGGAAGUACAGCUCUAGCUUAUGUCUCCUCCUUCCAAAACAGAACAAAUCCAAAUGGCUUCCCUCACUCUUCCAGACUGGAUAUUGACAUUGACCGUAUGCAUGGUUCAACAUCUAGCCUUGUGUAUCCAUCUCCUUCAAAGACGAACUCUUUGUCAAGUCCACUUCAAAGUUCAUUAAGACGCAAUGAUUCAGGGACUAAAGCAAACCAUGUGUCCUCGCCAGUUUUGAAGAAAUAUUCUUCACAAGGCAACGUGUUCCCUUCAGUAGUCCAACCUUCUGCAAUCUCUACCAAUGUAGGCACAGCCAGUCAUGGUUCCAUGCCAGCUCUUGAUCUUCACAUUGCUGAUGAAGACCUAAACGUGGAGAACAAACCAGCGUUCAAUCCAUUGCUCAAGUCAAAUGCAGCUCUGCAUUCCAUGCCAAUGUCUCUCGCACAAUACAGUGUCCAAAGCCAAGUUCCAAAGACAAGAAUGGGACCGAAAGAGGCACGCAUCACUUUGGCUGACACACUCUCCGGUUUACGAUUCAAUUCUGUAACAAAUCAGCAAGAACUAAGGUCUGUACCUAAUGAUUCAUUUUCCAUUAAUCUUGGUGACACCAUGAAUACAGCUCUGGGCAAUCCGAUUCCAGCUGAUGACCCUACCGCAAGACCGCAAACAAGCCAGAGUGUAACAAGUGUCAGCUCAUCCCCGACUCCCUUGACAAGAUCGAAACAGGCUGUCUCAUUGGUUUCUGUGUGGAGUAACGUACAACAAUCUGGAGAAUUCGCUCCCCCUGCUCCGAAUGCAGAGUCCAGCUAUCAAUCUGUGCAUGACUUGCCUCCAGUCAGGUUGGUGACCCAGCUGCAACAAGUUCCCCGUCACAUCUCUGUGUCAGGGUUCGAAACAAAGCUAGUGCAGGAUUCCAGACCGCUUGAGGAUCCAGUGUUGUCUCCACAGCCAAAGGAAAGUCCUCGAUCUGAGAUGAAGACACAUCCUUCCUUCUUAAAAUCAACUAAUGUGGGGAUAAACUAUCUUAAUCAUGACUUUCAACCAACAGUGAGUCUCUACCAUGAUGGAAAAGUGGAGAAGGGAAUGCAGGAUCUAAGUUUUGAAAGAGAAGUAAACAUGCAGCUCAAGAAGCAAGGUAAGACCUAG